AUGUCGAAAGAAGACCUCGAGCUAGUGCGUGCUCAUCCUAAGCUCGUCGGCAUGCAGGCGUAUCGUCUUACACUUCACGAUUGGCUUGUGACACUCAAGUUUAUGCAGACACAACUCGCAAAAGUGGAGUGGGAAUUCGAGAUGCCUGGCCAUGGACAGAAUCCGGUAGAUCACUGGGCUGCUUUGAAGAAGCUUGCACCAUGGGAGCGCCACGCAGAAUUCCGCGAGGAUAUGGUUAACGAUAUGAGAAUAAUCCUGGACUUGGAGCCAAAUACUCAUGGAAGCGUAACGCUAUUAGCACUCAAGCAGGACGUCGUCGAGAUCCGGAAAAGUAUAGUGGCGAUUCGGCAUCGGCUGGCAUUAAUACGCGACAUGAUAACGACGAACGUGGGAAUCGAGGAGUCUCGUCGAACUGCGGCCGCACUGGAGCAGAACAGAAGUAUCGGCGGCUUGACGAUACUGGCCACGAUUUUCCUGCCCUUGAACUUUGCGACUAGUUUCUUGAGCAUGUCGUCAGGAUUUUCUGUGAAGAGCAAUACUUUCUGGCGGUUCUUCGCUAUCGGUGUCCCAUUGCUGACGCUGACUUUACUGGCCGUGGGUCUCAUGAGCUGGGGUCUGAAGACACUAGCAUUCAUCUCACGAAGGUUAUCGCGAGCCGGAGUGCGUGUGCGAGGUGUGGUCAGCGAUGUGUGUUGGGCUGUGUGUUGGCCUGCUCGAGAUGUGUUCGAUACCGUCGUCAAGCGUUAG